GUCGAUACUCCCAGCACCUGCAGGGGUCUCGCACGUGUCUCAGUCCCGCUUCUCACGCGUCAGAACCUGCCACGGCCACCAGAGAUCUCCUGAAGACUUUCUUGAGGUUAGGAAACAAGAAGUAGGUGAAGUGAGAGUCGGUGAAGAAUCGUCUCACUAGAGGUUUGGUAAAGAGCUUUGCAGUUCGACAGGGCCGAAUAUUCUGAACCUUUUAGACUUCGAGGUUUUACCAUUCGCACCAGAAGACGCAAGACUUCGAUAGACCUAACAACCUCAUCUCCAGAGAUCUCAGUUUUUCACACUCUCUUCCGGGCUUCAUCCUCUCCAGGACCCUAGAGUCACAUAUCUUCGAAAGAUCUUCGCUUUUUCCAAAGCCCCUGAGAGUUUCAAAUCUUCUGUUGUUUUUAAGGCUCUAGAACACUCGUAGAUCCUGUCAACUCGAAGGUUUCCUUUUGCCCAAAGGUUCACUCAGACAAUGUCGCAGAUCUUUGGUUCGCUAAACCUCAGAAAGGUUUCAGGUUCGAGGACCCCCCUGCAGAGUCGCGCUAUGACCCGCCCCAGAAGUUCCACUGUGCUCCUGCUCGUCUUCCCCCUCGUUCUGCUCUGCUCCCCUCCUGCCUCAGCUCACAGAGUGUUGAAAGGUGGUUGCCUCAACUACGGCCAUUCCUGCCUUGGAGCACACGGCAAGAGGGCCUACGUACCCGUUCACCCACCUGUGGCCCCACGCCCACUCCUAGACGUCUUACUGGACGCCCUGAACACGCCCACCCGUAGCAGUCAUUACUCUCACGCCCGUGCAGCCAACUCUGUAAUGGGACCAAGAGCCAGCUAUCCUGAGGGCCGCGUUAAGUCACCACCAACCUCGGAUCAACUGUCUGAUAUGGGUCUAGAUUUGAGGGGAGAAGACUAUGCGAGUGGCACCAACGACGACCUCGAGAGUGUGGGCGCGAUCGGCGGUGUGAGGGGCAGCCUGGAUGAUACGAGAGACCUGGCCCAAGACAAUGUGCUCUACUAUGGUGUUCUCAAUGAUGACUACAGUGACGCCCGCUAUAAGAGAUAUAGUAUACAACAUCCUUUCAUCAGGAGUGCCGUCUCACUACCCUCCCGGGGGCGCCUUGGAGCCUCCCCUCCCCUGGGCGUGGCUAACAACGCCGUUCCACAAGAUAGGCCACACAUACUCCGAGAGGAACACACCGGGAAAGACGAGAUGGAUCCCAAGUACCUCGCUCUUGCUUCGUUUCCUAACUGGUUGAGGCGGUGAGUUUGUCGUCUGCAUAUCAGCUGAGGUUGACGGUUCAAGUCUUCAUAUACUGUAGCUGUAUCACCUCUUUGCCAAUAUAUUCUCUCCUUGCUAUUUUCAUUAAUCAUGAUUCUUAUAAAGCCUUGAUAAAAAUAAAUAUAUAUCCUUAAUUUAAUAAAAUACAUAACUACCAGUUUUUAUUGCUAGUGUGCAAUUAAUCUCCCACUAGUAAAGACUUGGGGGGGAGGGGGAGAUGUGUGCUAUUGCAAAGGUUUUGUCAUAAAAAAAUAUAGUAUGUAAUUUAACAUAUACAAUAUGUGCAGUAAAAUAAAGUGCAGUAACUCAAAGAUUUUCUAAUUUUUGCCUCAAAAAGUUACUGUAUAUUUCCUCAAAAAUUCAAGGAUAUAUAUAUACAUAUAUAUCAGUAUUGAAAACUAAUCUAGUGCUCUGCCGUCAACACAGAGGUGGAAGCGUUGAAAAUUAGUGACGUUAGCCUCGCAAUUAAUUAGAUAAAUGUAGGCCUACUGUAUCACCCCAGCAACAAUUAGUGUAAUUAGACUACAGAAGACGGAUAAUGUCCAUUACUAUAAUUAUACGCCCCGUUUCUCCCAGGGAAAAAAAUAGCUUAGCUUAUUAUUUUAUGUUGCUGAUUUUAUGAUGAUGACUCGACAACUCAGAGUGCACAGGUCAAUUUGCUGCAGAAAAACAAAGAAAAGAAAAGGUUGGGCACAGAUAUCCUUUGUUGAAUGAUUUACUGUAUUUUAUAAUUUUUCGUUGUAAUUAAUAUCACGUUGUACUUGCAUAAAGGAGUUAUCCUUAGACAAAAACGUAUAUAAUAAUGUCAUAUACUGUAAUAUCCUGUGUCGACAACAUAUUAAAUUUGCGAUCUAAA